AUGGAGGGGACGGGUUACAGCAGCCUGCGCUUCCGGCCCGUCAGGACGCUGAGCUCAGCAGUGGAGAACCUGAGAGCGUGUAAGGUUGUGGGAGUGAUCGAUAAGGUGCAGAUCGUCCAGGAUCCAGCCACUGGUGGGACCUUUAUACUUAAGAGCCUCCGCAAAUCCCAUGUUGAGACUCGUGAGCGACAGACCAUCAUCCCUCAUGGGGUCCCCUUCAUGGUCAAGCUGCUGUGCUACUAUGUGAGUGAGGACUCCAUCUUCCUCCACCUGGAGCACGUGCAGGGGGAGACGCUGUGGUCUCACCUCCGCUCCAACCAGAGAGCUUGGGCUGUGAAGGAGGAGCAGGUGCAGCUGUGGGCAGCAGAAAUCCUCCUGGCCUUAGAGGGACUUCACCAACAGGGCGUGUUGUGCCGGGACCUCAAUCCCAGGAACCUGCUGCUUGAUGCAGCCGGUCAUGUCCGUCUCACCUUCUUUGGCCAGUGGACAGAGAUAGAACCCCAGUGCUGCAGCCAGGCACAGGAAGAGCUGUACAGUGCCCCAGAAGUGGGGAGUAUCUUGGAGCCCACUGAAGCAGCUGACUGCUGGAGCUUUGGCUCUCUCUUGUACGAGUUGCUGACAGGAGUGCCACUGUCACAGAACCACCCUUCAGGGAUUCAGCCUCAUACCCCAUUGCAUCUGCCAGAGGGGCUCAGCACGGCCGCUAAGUCGCUGCUCACCGAGCUCCUACAGUACAACCCAAAGCAGCGUCUGGGCUCUGGAGAAAGUGGCAUGACAAAACUGAAGUCCCACGCCUUCUUCAGCACUAUCCCUUGGAACAAGCUGGUGGACUAG